CCAAAAGUAGAAUUAGAUGAGAAUUCAGAGAAAAGAAGCAAAAGACUUUUUGGGUUUUUAUCUUCUCAUCUAAAUAAAGCUAAACAACAACUUGCUAAAGAAAAAGAAACAGAUUUCGCCCAGCGUCACCGCAUGCAAGAAGAGAGAGUAAACAUGAAGCUAGAAUGUGCACGUCGUCAUAUAGCGGAGAUAGCAAGGAUUCAAUGGGAAGAAGAGAGGAAAAGGGACAAACAACAAUUAUUAUUUAUAUCUAAGGAACUUAUACAUAAAGAAAAUGAUCUUAUGCGUCUGCAUCUUAUUCAACACUACGCUAAUAUGGGGAACUUUGUUGGCACCGAGGCACAGCCAACAUUAUUUUGGCGUCCUUCUUUGUGGGAUAGCCACACGAGGAGACUGCAGCAACAAACAAAAGUCUGGAUCGAGGCAGCAGAAGGAGAAAAUAACUCUGAUGACCAGGAGCAGCAGGAGCAGCAGCAGCAGCAGCAGCAGCAGCAGCAGCAGCAGCAAGAAGAUGAGGAUAACAGCAACGCAGGGGCCCCUCAUUCCCCUGAGGAUAAGGCCCUAUCUGAUGCUGGUAGUGAUAAUUAG